UGUGAUUCGCACGUGUUGAAAUUGAAAAUAAAUAAAUAGUUGUACUUAGCUUCAUUGAAUAAAAAUUGUUUGUUUAUUAAAAUCUCAGAAAAAAGUAAAAAUGUUAAAAAUUAGUUCUAAAAAGAAAAAUUACGUUCUAAUUGAUAAAAAUAAUGGUGAUGAUAGUGAAACUGGUUCGAUGGUUGAAAGAAUAGAAAAUGAUUCAAAAGAGGAGUUUGACGUUGAAGAAUCUGAUAGCACUGAUGGGUUUUCAGGCGAAGAAUUUAAUGAGGACGCAAGAGAAAAUGGUGAAGUUGUUAUGGGCAUCAAACGUAAAUAUGAACCAAAAUCACCUAAACAAGUUGCAGGAAAAAAAUUAAAAAUUGAUGCAAAUAAUUCCAAGAACCUAUAUAAACCAGCAACUGUAGAGGAAAUUAAUAGACUUCGAGAAACAGAAACACAAUUUCAUUCAAAUCUAUUUCGCAUGCAAAUAGAGGAGAUAAUUCAAGAAUUGAAAAUUAAGGAAAAAGUCAAAAUAUUCGUUAAUGAUUGGCUAUCGCAAUUUAACGCAUUUUUAGAUGAAAUGGAAUCCCAAACUGAAAAGCUAGAUAGUUGCAAUCUUACUUGGGUAAAAGCAUGUCAGUUUAAAAGCCCUUUCAGAAGAAAAAAUACUGUGAAGCAGAAAUUCCAAUUUCAGUUUUUAAAGCCAUCUAAACCCGCUGUUUUCGUGGGAUCUUUUGUCUCAAAUACAAUUAUUGAUUCACUUAUGACAAUAGAUAUUUGUGUUGAAAUGCCAGCUAAAACUUUCCAAAAAGGGGAUUAUCUAAAUUUAAUAUAUGAAGAGAAACGUUCUUUGUAUAUACUUUAUUUGGCGCAUAAAAUGGUUGAGAGCAAAAAAUAUAAUGCAGAAUUAAUUCACUACAAUUAUUUUCAAAACAAUUCAUUAAAACCUGUUUUGGAAGUUAGUGUUGACGGAAAAUACCAAGAUAAAGUUAAAUUUAGAAUAUUUCCAGUUCCAGAGGACGGAUCUUUCAAAUUAAACCGGUUUGUUCCUUGGAACAGUAAUAUUCGAUCUAAUCUGUUUGAUGAGAAUACUUCUAAAGAAAACGAAAUUUUUUAUGCCACCCCUUAUUAUAAUUCAAAUAUUUUAUUCGAUAUAACAAUGAAAAAAAAUAGUGAGUUAAUUCAAACGGUUAUUAGUAACAAUAAAAAUUUGCAAGAAGGUUUAAUUUUAUUGAAAAUUUGGUUAAAACAGCGAAAUUUAAAUGAAGGAUUAUUUUCGUUCAACAAUCAUGUAAUGGUCCUCUUUGUUGUAUGGCUAUAUCGGCAUCGUAAACUUUAUCUCGGAAUGAGUAAUUAUCAAAUAGCUAGAAAUGUUUGGCAUCAGUUAGCAUCCAGUUCCUGGAAUGAAGAGACUAAGGGUUUAUCUUUACAUUCAAAAGUAGAAGAUAAUCCAAAUCAGCCUAAUAUAGACCAAAUGCACCAAUACUUUGACUUGGUUUUCAUUGAUUGUACAGGCUUUUUAAAUGUGUGUGCUAAUAUGUCAUUGGAUAUUUAUUUGAGAAUAAAAUACGAAGCGAAUCGUGUAAUAGAUUUAUUGAAUGACAACAAAAUAAAUAGUUUCCAAGAAUUGUUUAUGACCAAAAUUCCACAUCAUAUUCAGUUUGACCAUGUUUUUGGUUUCAAAUAUGACGAUAUUAAGCAGUUUUUACAGACGGAAAAUCAAAAACCCGAAUAUUUGAAUUUUGCUGGAGACUGGCUACCUGAUGCUACGAAACAGGUGAUAAAUGUAUUAAGAAAAGGUUUAAGUAAUAGAGUUUUGUCAAUUACCCCACUGGAAAAAAUGGUUGGGCCUUGGAGUAUCAAAUGCAAACCACCAAAAUCUCAAGAUAGCUUCCGAAUUGGAAUAGUUUUAAAUUUGGGAAAAGCACUUGAUGUUCUUGAUAAAGGUCCCCAAGCUAAUGAUGCAACGGCACCUGAAUUUCGAAGUUUUUGGGGUAAUAAAUCUGAAUUACGUCGUUUUCAAGAUGGUUCUAUAACGGAGGCAUGUGUUUGGGGUGAAAAAAAUGAUACUUUAAAAGAAAAAAGAUUAAUUGUAAAACAGAUAAUUUUUCAUUUACUGCAACUUCAUUUCAAUAUCAAGGAUGUUUGGUAUUUAGCCGACCAAUUUGAUAAUACCUAUGAAUUAGAUAAAGAAUUUAUUUCACCUAAAAAUCUUAAAUUAAAUGCUGAGUAUUGUGCAAUAGAUGUAAUAAAAAAUUUUGAUGAUAUUGGCAAAAAACUUAGAGCAUUGCAAGAAUUGCCAUUAGAUGUAACGGGUGUUCAAGGCAUAUCACCAGUUUUUCGAUAUGUUGAACCUGUUCCCAUAUUGAAUAAUGCGACGUUUUACACAGAUAUUGGAACUAAAAAAUUAUUAUUUCGAGCUUAUAAUAUUAAUGAAGGAAUAAUUGAAUUAGGUACAAGUGGGAAAUGGCCUAAUGAUUUGUCUGCAUUUAGAAGAAUUAAGACGGCAUUUCAUAUUAAAAUAGCCAACAGUCUUAUGGAGGUGUACAAGCUGAAAACGCGAGGAGGAAUCGAUGGAAUUCACAUUUUGAAUAAUGGAUAUUUAUAUAAAAUCGAAAUAUCACAUCCAAAAGAAAUAGCUUUGCUAAAAAAAACUACCACUGAAAAAGGUGUAAUUCGAUAUGUUGACACUGAAGAAAGCAUACAGCUUGAAAAGCGUUUAAUUAUUUUGCCAAAAGUUACAAGUGCUUUACAUGGCUUAUACCAGCAAUUUUCUUGCUAUGGUCCCACUGUUAUGAUUGCGAAGCGAUGGUUGAAUUCCCAAUUGAUUGAUUCUUAUCUAUGGCCCGAUGAGUGCACGGAAUUAUUAGUUGCAUAUCAAUUUCUUAAAUCUAAUAGUUUACCAAAUCCUUGCCAACCACAAAUUGGUUUUUUAAGAUUUUUAAACUUAUUAACUACUAUGAAUUGGCAGACUGACAUGUUUAUUUUAAAUUUUAACGAUGACAUGACGCAACAAGAAAUAGCUGACUUGGAAGAAAAAUUCUCAACGAAACGUGAUACAUUUCCAUUACUUUUUAUUGCAACUUCAUUUGAUGAAAAGAGAUAUGGAACAUGGUGGGGUAAAACGGCACCCAAUAUUCAUAUUUUAUGUAGAGUUGUUACAUUGGCAAAACAUGCUCUUGAAAUAUUACAAACGAUGUAUUUGUCCGGUAAUAAAUUACAUAUAAACAGUCUUUUUUUACCGUCGUUUGAUGGUUAUGACGUUAUUAUUAAAUUAAAUAAGGAUAUUGUACAAAAAUGUACGGUUCAUAAGCUUUCGGAGAUCAUUAGUGCAUCUAAUAAAAAAAUUGUUCCCACAGCUGGUUUUAAUCAUGUUUUAUUAGGUUUGAGUGAAUUGAGGGAAGGAUACUCUGAGUUUGGUGUAUUUUUUUACGAUAUGUAUGGGGGUCAAGAUAUAGCUGUUAAAUGGAAGCCACAUGUCUUUGAACCGAAAGUCUUUAGUUUGGCCGAAAUAAAUGGAUGUAGUCCUCACGAAGACGAUAAAAUAAUUUGUAAACCUAAAAGAUUUCUUACGGAUUUUAAAGUAAUAUUGAAAGGUUUGUUUGAAGACCUAAUUUUAAGUGCCGAUGUAUAUAAAUAUAAAUCUUAAAAUAAAAAGAAUAUAGUAUGUAAAUGUCA